CGUGCGCAGCGGAGCGCCCCGCCUCGCAGUCUCGCUGAAGUGCCGCAACCAUGGGGACAGCGGCAGGCGGUAAAGCGUACUUUCAGAGGGGCAGUCUGUUGUGGUUCACCGUCAUCAUCCUUUCAUUUGGGUAUUACACGUGGGUUGUCUUCUGGCCUCAGAGUAUUCCUUACCAGAGCCUAGGGCCGCUGGGCCUCUUCACUCAGUACUUGGUGGACCAUCAUCACACCCUCCUGCGCAGUGGGUAUUGGCUUGCCUGGCUGAUUCACGUGGGAGAGGCCUUAUAUGCCAUGGUUUUGUGCAAGUCUAAAGGCAUCACGGACGGUCGGGCUCAAGUGCUGUGGUUCCUACAAACUUUCCUCUUUGGGGUGGCAUCUCUCUCCAUCUUAAUUGCUUACAGACCAAAACGCCAAAAACAAACUUAAGGAAGAUAUUCAAAUGCUUUCUCUACACUUUUGGCCUUCCACUUCACUGUUUUGGGGGCAAGGAAGAUGCUGACUUGACUUGAUCUUUCUACUUUCCAGAAGUUGGAGACCGUCUAGUUAUUCAUUAUUCUUUCAUAUGCUCUGGUUGAGCUUGACUGGAUGACAAGAAAGGAUUUAAGCUUCCCAGUUCUGUAGACAGACUAUUAGGCAGAGGGUUUCCAGCUACCUUCUUGAGGUCAUUGGCAGUGCUGGUGCUCAUUCUGUUGUCUGGUUUAAGCUGUGCACCAGAAUUGUCUGGUGGUAUAAUUUUGCUCCCACCUUCUGAGUAAACCCCAUCUCAGCUCUC